CUGUUACAUGUACAUACGUACGUGUACGUCACAUACACUACAGGUACCGACAAUGGCGGAUCGCAGGAGUGGGUCGCGAGCGAGAAGUCGCGAUCUUCCAGGGGAAUUUAGGCAGUUUAGUAAUCUAACGAAGCAGCUUAAGAAGAUAGUAUACGACACGAACAUUUCUCGGGCAGAGCUUAGGAAUUGUGGUCACUUUGAGGAGGAGCGCAUUUCAGAAUUGCUGUUGGAAGAUGAACAUGAAUUGUUCAUGAAAUCAAUUGUCGGUGAUCCACCAUGCCUCCUGAUUUGUGGCCAGACGUACACUGCUAAAGCCACCAUCCUGAAUAGGAUACUCAAUGAGCAGAUUCUACGCAUCACUAAUUGCUCAGACAAUUCCAAGAGCUGGCGACCUUUGCGCUUUCGCUUUGGAGCUGAGCGCCGUAGUGCUCUGACCACACUGACAGACAGCUUUGAGCUGCUGAAUGGGGAUUAUAACCCAGGUACCAAUUGGACUGUGCUUCCGCAGCGCGAUGUUGAAAUUAGACAGGAGGACUUGAGUGAUCCUUGUACGGCUCAAGCCACCACAGAAGUGACCUUGAACCAUCCCUUGCUUGCCACCAAGGUUGAAAUCAUUGUUGCACCCCACAACUGCCCAGACCUGAACAUUACCAGGCUAUACAGCCAGUACUCAUCGCGCAUGCUGCCAAUUAUUUUCUAUGGAAUAGACAAGGACUACCUAUCCCAAGAGGAGCAGCGUGAACUCCUGGAUUUGAGACACCUAGCUUCUGAUUUGCCUUUGCUGUUCUUGGACUGCUGUCCUCAUACAGAGAGUCCCGCUAGACAUUCCCAAGUAGAUGACGAUCUUGGAGAGGACUCAGCUUAUGACAGCAACAAUGAGGACCUUGUAGCUCGAUCAGUAGAAGAUUUGGAGAGCCAUAACCAAGGAGCCUCAUCCCCAUCUCCAAGGAGACCAUCCAGAUUUCAUGACAUUGUACAUGGACAACUUCGUAGUCUGGGGUUCUUGACAGAUCCCUCGGAGGUGCCAGUCUUCAAAGGUGGUAUGACCCCAACCGAGGACGACCUCCAUCAGAGUCGACUAGAGAAACUCUAUAACAUGCAGGGUAUACUGAUGUUUGUGCGGCAGGUCCUACAGUUGUACCUGACACGAGCCACUACAGUCCUGCAUGACUUGCACUUACAGUGCAUGAAUAUGUUUAUCACCACAGCAUUUGACAUGCAACGGGACAUCCAAAUCACACCUCGGAGGAUAGACUAUGCAAGGCAACGUGAAAUGGAACUGUUUGAAUCCUUGAAGGAUCUGGCCAAUCAGCGGCAAGAAGAGAUACGUAAACUCAUCCAGGCGACGAUCCAAGACCUCAAGGAACCUUUGCUGCAGGAAGCGGAGAACUACCAAUUUGAAGAUUUAGAAAUCUCACUUGAUGGUGAGCUGAGUCAAGGCAAGGAGAUCAAAGGUUGCACGACCCAGAUCCAGGAACUGGUGUUGAACCGGGUCAAUAAAGCUGUGGUGGACAAGCUAAUCAGCUCAGUAGACUACCUGCAUGAUAGCUUUGUAGGGACAUUGACAAGAUGCUUAGAGAGCUUGGAGAAAGGAGAAGAUGGACAACAGGGGGAAACAUCAGCUAGUAUGGCCCUCAAACAGAUUUUGAACUCGGCAUACCAGGUGGAAGUUACCGUAAGGACCAGUUAUUCUUUUGUCAAAGUCAUCUGGGAGAGAAUGAAAGAGAUUCUGCAGUCUAUGAAACCAUUCAAGGCCCCUCCAAUUGUAGACAAGGACUGGAAACGGAAAGUUGCCAUCAACUUACUGAACAACCUGGAUGAGUCUAAGCUGGCUAAGAGUAUCUGCUCACAGUUUCGGUCCCGACUCAACAACUCCCAUGACAUGUUUUCUUCGUCACUACGUCAACUUGAGAACAAGCACUCAGGUAGACUUGAGAAGACCGAGGAACAACGGAUGAAAGUCAGGAAAGUUCAUGCCCCACGACUUGCUAGACUAGCCCUGGACAGCACCUCACUAAGGGACAUGGUUCUCUAUGGCAUGCCCAAAUUAGAGAGGGAGAUCGGGCGUGGUCAGUAUGGGGUAGUGUAUUCAUGUAGGAACUGGGCUGGUCUAACAUCUCUUGCUGUCAAGUCAGUCGUCCCACCUGAUGAUAAACAUUGGAACGAUUUGGCACUCGAGUUUCACUACACAAGGUCAAUCACUGAGCAUGAGCGUGUAGUGACAUUACGUGGCUCAGUCAUCGAUCACAGCUAUGGAGGAGAUGGCUGCUCUCCAGCUGUUCUUCUGAUCAUGGAUAGGUUACAACGCGACCUCCAUGUUGCCAUCAAGGCUGGCCUAGACUUUCCUGGACGGUUACAGGUGGCUUUGGAUGUAGUGGAAGGUAUGCGAUAUCUACAUAGCCUGGGGCUAGUGCACAGAGACAUCAAACUCAAGAAUGUGCUGUUGGACAAGCGUGACCGUGGUAAGAUCACAGAUCUUGGAUUCUGCAAACCAGAGGCCAUGAUGAGUGGCAGUAUUGUUGGUACCCCAAUCCACAUGGCACCAGAGCUUUUCUCAGGCAAAUACGACAGCAGUGUGGAUACCUAUGCCUUUGGUAUUCUUUUCUGGUAUGUCUGCGCUGGCCAUGUCCGACUCCCUACAGCAUUUGAACAGUGUGCCAACAAGGACCACUUGUGGAGCUCAGUCAAGAAAGGAGUACGGCCUGAGAAGUUGAAUGUCUUCGACAAGCAUUGUUGGGAGCUAAUGCAGGCCUGCUGGGCUGGUGAACCAGGAGAUAGACCUCUUCUAGGCGAAGUCCAGAUCAAGCUACAAGAAAUCCACGAGAGAGCUCUGGAUGCUCGUCUCAAGAUGACCAAACUGAGAGAUCUAGCUGGCAGUAAACAAGCAAAGACGGAGGACAAGGGACGACCCAGAGAAGUGUAACUUCCAACUUGUGUGCUAAUAUUCAGGAUAGGUAUUGUCUUACAUGCAUAAAAUACUAAUGUGCUUAGUACUGUUCUCUGAGUUGUUAUUUAGUUUGAUGUUAAAUGGCCAUGGUUUUCCAUAUACAAGAGCAUACCAAAUUUAUAUUUUUAUUUGAAAUAUUGCUAAAUCCACUAUGAUAAAAAAGUUACAAUUAGGUAUAGCAUGACGAUCAGCCAGAUGAGUCAAGGCUGGCUGUUUUACCAGUGUUAUUCAUACUUACCUGCAGGCAACAUGUCACAGGGCACAUUGACUGUAGUAUAGUGAUAUUACGUAAUGACAACAGGUGAACACAAUAAAGAUCCUGCUGCUGUAGAAUUGUUUGUACUGCUGCUGUCCAUUCUUCAAUUGAAACCAAUGAAUCCAUGACAAAAAUUUGACAGCCACCCUUACUCAACAAAAAAAAGGUUGUACACACAGAGCUGAACAAGUGGAGCUUCCCUGGCAAUAUUUUGUGAACCAUUCUGUUGAUGAGUGAAACAAUUUGUACAUAAUAGCAUGUACAAAAAUCAUUGGCAGAAAUUUUGAUGGGCUAUUUCGUAUUGUCCAGUGCUGAGCAUUUCUGUCCUGGUACACUGUACAAAUUGUGACAUGCAAGGUGAAACAGUUUCACAAUGGAAGAAAUCAUGUAGAAAUGUAUCUUAUGUUUUCUGUUUGCCGUUGUGUGAAAAAGGAUUAAAAUCUUAUUCGUGUGACAGAGUUUGGCUACUUUAAAACUUGUGUGCUUGUGAAAUCAUGUUUAAACCUUGAUCACGCUGUAAAUAUGUGUACACAUUCAGGGAACUAAAAUUAGGACAUGUUUAUGGUUGUAACAGUUUGAUGGAGAUAAUUCCUCUAAGGGAUUUAAUGCUCUUCUGAAAAUAAGUUUGAGGUCACAGCUAAACUAAUUGUUUCAUUUUGCAACGUUGUAUUUAUUCACCUUUAAAAGGUUCACAUUCACCUUUCCAUUAACCUUACUAAUGAGCAACUACAAUGUCAUGCAUGUGUAAUUUUCUCUCUGUAUCAGCUGAAAGCAGCUUUAUAAAAAUUGGGUUUAGUAAUUCUUGGAAGUGAAAUUGAAUGUUUACUCUGUCAUAUGAUAACCAGCGGAACUCUUCUUUAAGACAGUUUUUCAAAGUAUAUAACCCGUCUACAAGUCUGUCUGAAAGUGUGUUGUUGGAGCAAAAUUAUUAAAUCAAUUAAAUCAGACAUUCAAGGGGACACAUUUCCUUUGUAGAGAGGGUACUUUCUUUGUGUGUGAUUACACAGCAUUGGCACUUGAUGCCAGUGGCCUUCUUCCUUAAUCUACUUUUUUUUUUCUGGAACUUGUUUUUACUUGAUGAGCCUUGUGUACCUUCCAAUCUGUUUGUCUUCUUUGAAGUGAAAUCUAGACUUAAGAGCAGUGUUGUAGUCAUGAUCAUCAAGAGACCAGACACAAGUAACCUUGUAAACAAUCAGCUGUAUGCGUUUUAGGGUCUUAAGGAUUAUCCUUGUAGCUACUCAUAAAAGUCACCUUGGGGGGAGGGGCCUACUUACUGUUACACAAGAAUCUCAGUCACAUCUUAUUUUCAUCCCUGUUGUCUAGUUUUAAUCCAAAAAUAUAUCACAGCUUGUUCCAAGUUCCUUUCAUUUCAGGGCAUGUGGUGAGCACACGGAAUUAGCCUGUUAUGUGAUUGUUUGAUUGUUGUAAGGUGUUGAAGUAUAUGAAGGUCAAUUCUCAUACCCUAUGACUGUUCAGGCACUGUUUAUAGAGACCGCACUUUACAACAUAUCCGCAAGGUACAAUGUAUGAUAUUUUGAUCAUACUUUUCACAAGUGAAAUUUAGGAUGGACUAAACUAAUUUGAUUUUGAGAACACUUAACAGAAAGCCCAAGUACUGACAGAUUUAUGACUAGUCUCAGAUGGUUUUUUCUGAUCAGUAAGUACAUGUACCGUAGCAAUGUUUCUUGGGAUUCAUGCACCCUGUUCAGAGCAGCACUUUUUGUGUUAACAGAGAUUUUCCUUUUUUGUUGCAUUAUCACAGAAAAGUGGAUCAUUGUGUGACUAAUGUGUACUGUUCUUUCCAGUCAGAAGUGGAUUCAGUGUUUUUUUGGGGGGGGAUAUUGAGACUAUUCCUUUCAUGCCGCACAGUGUAAUUAUUUAACAAAUAACACUUGUGUAAUGUGUGUAAAAAGGAUAUAUAUGCAUUUAAUGUACGGUAUUAACUGGAAUACUUUCAUAGCAAAUAGGCUUGAUGUUAAAGCUAACCCUGUUCUGAAAUUAAAAAUGUUCAAAACCAUAGUAUAUCACUGUAGGAUAUAUAUAAGCACCUAAUGAAAACGUUACUCUACCUUGGCUGAAAAAGGACCACCUUUUUGAGAAUCUCUGUGAAAGGUCUGUGUUUUUUGGGGGGGGGUUACAGUAUGAUGUAACAAAUUUAAAAGAUUUUCUAAGAUCAUAUUUGUUGUAUUUAUGAUCUUUUGAGGGGGGGGCUGGGGUCGUAAUAUGAUGCCUUGAUGGGCUGUGGAAGUGGUCACCACUGCGACAACUUACAACCAGUUGGCUGAACUGUGUUCCUCAGACAGAUUUAUUCUAUAUGUGGUUUAUCUGGUACCAAACUAACACCAUUUUGUAAAAGAGAAUACAUUUUACAUAUAUCUCACCACAUGCAUUUGACACCAAUGUAAUCUUUAUUAGUUUUACGCCAAUGCAUUAACGUUAUAUUUGCAUAUGUUAAAAUGUGACAAACAUAACUUAAACACAUGACAUAGAAUCUGUAGAUAUUUGAAUGGUACUGGAUCAAAUAAACUUUCAGUUUUAAUAUUCAUUCUGAAUAUCUAACUGGCUCUAAUCUAGAAACAUUGUCAUAUUACAAAGCCGAGAUAUGAUAUUCUCAAAAUUUAGUUUGGUUUUGAAAUGUUACACCAAGAUCUGGAAGGAUAGAUGGUGUGCAGGCCAAGUUAUCACUUAAAAUAGGGUCAACACCCAAAGAAAACUGUUUGGCAUUGGGUGAAACUAUUGGACAUGAUACGGGUUGUCUGAACUUGUCUCAUUUCAAAAGGAUCUGGGAAAACCUGGCUGUUCUGUGUUAUUGUUGAUACCAUCAGGGUUGGGGAUGUACAUGUUAGCAUCUCAUUUUUGUUGGAAAUCUUAGGCAGCCAUUAUAUUGGUGUGAAUACUCUGUAUCUAACAAAUUUGGAGGGAAAAGUAGACAAAAACAAAACCCUGAAAUCAGUUUGUUGCAGGAGUUACAUUCUACUACAGUGUUACCAGUAUAUAUUGCCUUUGAGCAAAAAAUUGGAAGUGGUGUCUUCUGCCUUUUCAUCAAAUAAAUUAAUUUUCUAAUA